AAGUCAUUAUCAAAACGUGCAGGACUGACCAGACUAAUAUGUUAUAACGACACAGAUUCUAAUGUAAGAAUUACUACACCUGUGCCACAACUAACUGAAGUCACUUUCUGCCUAUGGAUGAGGUCAACUAGCACCAAUGAUGGUACCAUGGUUUCCUAUGCAGUGCCCAAUAACCACAACGAGAUGAUUUUAUUGGAUUCUAAGAAUAUAAGAUUUCUCAUCAAUGCUGUUUCUAGAACGACAAAUGUCGAUGCUGUCAAUGAUGGUGUGUGCCAUUACAUCUGCUUCACAUGGACAUCGGUGACAGGUCGGUGGCAGAUAUUCGUGGAUGGAGUGCUAGUUGAUUCUGGUACAGUUUCAAAAGGAACACCGAUUCAAGGUGGCGGUGUUCUAGUACUGGGCCAAGACCAAGACGUCGUUGGUGGAGGUUUCGACCCUUUUCAAGCGUUUGUUGGCAAAAUGACGAAUUUCAACCUGUGGAAUCGUGUGCUCACGAACCAAGAAAUUAUUGAAAACCUUGACAAUGGCAAUAUUUAUUCAUGGGACAUUUCAAACCUGUUGAUGCAAGGAACUGAGACAAUCAGAAAUGAGGAUAUAUGUACUGGCGCUGUUACUUGUGAUCCCCAUUUCACCACAUUAGAUGGUCGUCAUUACAGUCAUCAAGGCGUCUGCUGGUACACCUUG